UGUGAGAAAAAUAAGUAUUGAAACUGUAUUAUUAGAAGAUUUAUUGCUAUUUCAUAUGAAAGUAGAAGAGUUAUAUCUCCAAGAAAAACAAAACCAGGUGGGAGUUACUCUUCAAAGAGUACUGUUCGAGACAGAGAUCGACAUAUUCCCCUGUUUAAACCCCCUGGAGGAAGCAGGUUGGAGUGGAGACGACACGGUCAUGUCGGAUUUGAUGAGUGCCCAGACGGAGGAGAAGAUCUGCCAAGUGAUCAAGCACCAGACGGGGGAGGGAGACGAUGAGUUCCUGACUAUUCCUCUUAAGCGUAUCGACAGCAGUCCUCAUCAACAUAACUUGCAGGGUCGCUGUCAAACAGGAGCGACAGAAGGAUCCCCAGAGGCGAACUCGCCCACGCAUGGAUCCAGGCACCGAGAUCUCCUACAGGAGAUAGAUAACGACGAGAAGACCGUCAAGAACGAGUUGAAGCCUCAGAAGAAGGACAGCACGCUGACGAGGAUGCUGAGGAGUAUGCGGAAGGACAAGGAGGUAAGCGACAUUGACCCGGACAAAAUCAGCAUGAGCAAGAUCUUCCAGAGGAUGAACCCCGUGAGCAAGAACAGCCGGGAAAGCUUCUCCAAAGUGUUCCACAGAAUCGGAGAUGCUCUGCAGAAGAAGACGGAGGACGAGAGGAGCAACUCACCCUCGAGAGCGGGCAAGAAGAAGACUCUGGAGCGUAACCUGAUGAGUCGGGAGAAGAACGACGAGACCAAACCCGGAGACCGAAAGUUCGGCAAGAUCGGUGAGAGGCUGUUCAAGUACCGCUCUUCUGAUACCGACCCCGACAAGACUGCCUAGUCUGUUCGUUGAGUGUUGAACAAUAUUAUUGGAAACCAUUAACGAACUCGAGAGUGACUUAUAACUUAUUUUAAAAUCCUAGUGCAGCAUUUGUGACAUAUUUAUAUUUCAGGCGAUGAAUUAUAAAAUCUUUAGGAUACUCAACGGAACUGAGCACAGAUGACUAGACUUAGUGCCCUAGCUCAAGAAGGUAAUGGUAUUUCAUUUGUAAUAAUUUUGAUGAAUACAAUAAAUUAACUUUUCACAGA